CCCUGGUCCUCGCCAUCAUUCUUUUGUUAGCCGAAGUGAAAGGGUUAUAGACAGGCAUUGCCUGGUAGAACAACAUUUCCAAUCUCUGCAUUUUUUUGUGGCUGAAUCGGAGAGAAUCAGUGAGUUAUAGUCCACGUCGGUAGUGUGUGAAAGUGUGUAAAAAAUGAACGGAGUGGCGAAGAAGAUAGCCGAUGUGACUUUCAAGGCCGGGAAGACCAUCGAUUGGGAAGGCAUGGCGAAGCUCAUCGUCUCCGAUGAGGCUCGCAAGGAGUUCGCCAAUCUCCGCCGUACAUUUGACGAAGUCAAUUCCCAGCUGCAAACUAAAUUCAGCCAGGAACCAGAGCCCAUAGACUGGGAAUUUUACAGAAAGGGGAUUGGAUCUAAAUUGGUUGAUAUGUACAAAGAGGCAUAUGAGAGCGUUGAGAUUCCAAAAUACGUUGAUACGGUUACUCCAGAGUACAAGCCGAAAUUUGAUGCUUUGUUGGUGGAGCUCAAAGACACUGAGCAACAAUCACUCCAAGAGUCUGAAAGACUGGAGAAGGAAAUUGCUGAAGUUCAAGAGCUGAAGAAGAAACUCAGUACCAUGACAGCAGACGAGUACUUUGAGAAGCACCCAGAACUCAGGAAGAAGUUUGAUGAUGAAAUCCGCAACGACUACUGGGGAUACUAGAAUUGAUUGGAGACUCGGCUUCUGCUUAAGCUUUUUGACUUCAUCCGUAGGAAUAAAAAGAAAAACAAAUCGGCUUAUUAUUACUUGGGCAUUUGAAGAAUGUCUACUGAAGAUGUAUUUUGUACUCCAAAAAGUGGGGUUCUCCAACUUUAGAUAAUGCAUCUUUCGUGCGAUUGCUUUCUGGUUUUUA